CCUCUGUCUUGUUCUCUAAUCCGCCCACAUGUAUCGUCUGAGGAAAAAAAUAGUGCAGAAGGUGACGCUCCUCCAAAGGAACAGAGAGAAAGCACAGAGAGGGAAAGGCAAAGAGAGAGAGGUGUCUACAGGCUGCAUCUCCAUUGAAACAUUUGGAAAAGGGGAGACAGAGGAAGAGCUGAAUGGUAGCUACACCCUGCGCCUGGAAGCGUAGAGACACUGUAACAAAGGCUGGCAAUUAUUUUUUGGCAAUAACAAAGAGGUGGGAGAGGGGCUCUGAAAUCGAGGGAAAUAGCAAAAAAAAAGAAAAAAGAGAGAGCCAGUUUUCAGGGGGAUUUCUGCUUCAUUUCAUCCGAAAGACUCAUCCCUUGCCAUCAUCAGCAUGACCAUAAGCUAUAAGUAACAUUCGGCAAUAACGGUGUCAAAACGAGAUUUUCAGCAACAGACGCGCGCAAUCCUAUUUCGAUUUAUUAUAAUCGGGGGGAGAGGAAAAAAAAAAGAUCAACUGAAUGCCUGCGAGAAACUGGAUACUCUCUGAAAUCAUAAGAAAGAGCGAUCUAACAAAGAAAACUACAUUUUGAUUGAUCUUUUAAGCUUGAUGUGCGUGUUUCUGCGCGCACUCGAAACGAACCUGAACCAAAAGCAAACUCCUCAGACUCCUCCCUCCUCCUCCCUUCGGUUUCUCUCAUCCUCUCCCUCCCCCCCGGUCCUCUAUGCUCAGUUCGGUGUGUGUAUCCUCUUUCAAAGGGCGCAAGGGUGGGAACAAGUCGUCCAACAAAGCAUGUUACAGUGCAGACAUGACUUGUCCGUCGGAAAGCGAGAAAAUCGUGAUAAACUGCGGGGGGGUGCGGCAUGAGACCUACCGGAGCACCCUAAAAACGUUGCCCGGUACCCGCUUAUCGUGGCUCACCGAGCCGGACGCGUUCAGCAACUUCGACUACGACCCCAAAUUAGACGAGUUCUUCUUCGACCGCCACCCGUCAGUGUUUUCCUUCAUCCUCAACUAUUAUCGUACCGGGAAGUUGCACUGUCCCAACGAUGUGUGCGGUCCCCUGUUUGAAGAGGAGCUGGCGUUCUGGGGCAUCGAUGAGACGGACGUGGAGGCGUGUUGCUGGAUGAAUUACCGGCAGCAUCGGGAUGCGGAGGAGGCGCUGGACAGCUUCGAGACUCCCGAACCGGACGCGCCGGACGACGACCCAGCGCUGGGCGGUGCGGACGGGGACUUGAAAAGACUGUGCAUGCAGGAGGACGCGAGGAGAGCGGGCUGGUGGAAAACCUGGCAGCCUAAAAUAUGGGCACUGUUUGAAGACCCGUAUUCCUCCAAAUAUGCCCGGUAUGUGGCAUUUGGCUCUCUAUUCUUCAUCCUCAUCUCCAUCUCCACUUUCUGCAUGGAGACACAUGAGGCCUUCAACACCAUCAUCAACAAGACAGAGAACGUCACGGUGGGCAACACGACCCGUGAGGAGAUUGUAUACGAGGUGGUGACUGACAGCUGGUUGACGUAUGUGGAGGGUGUGUGCGUCAUUUGGUUCACCAUUGAGGUCCUUCUGCGAGUCAUCUUCUGCCCAGACAAAUUUGAAUUCUUCAAAAGCUCCCUCAACAUCAUCGACUUUGUCGCCAUCCUGCCCUUCUACCUGGAGGUGGGCUUGAGUGGUCUGUCCUCCAAAGCUGCCAAGGAUGUCCUGGGGUUCCUCCGUGUUGUCCGAUUCGUCCGUAUCCUCCGAAUCUUCAAGCUGACCCGCCACUUUGUCGGUCUCCGUGUCCUUGGCCACACCCUUCGUGCCAGCACCAACGAAUUCCUCCUGCUCAUCAUAUUCUUAGCUCUUGGUGUCCUCAUCUUUGCCACCAUGAUCUAUUAUGCUGAAAGAAUCGGCGCAGACCCAGAUGACCCAACAGCCAGCGCCCACACCAACUUCAAGAAUAUCCCCAUUGGAUUUUGGUGGGCCGUUGUUACCAUGACCACACUGGGCUAUGGAGAUAUGUACCCGGAGACAUGGUCAGGGAUGCUGGUGGGUGCGCUGUGUGCCUUGGCUGGUGUGCUGACCAUUGCUAUGCCAGUACCUGUAAUUGUCAACAACUUCGGCAUGUACUACUCUCUGGCCAUGGCCAAACAAAAGCUGCCCAAAAAGAAGAACAAACACAUUCCCCGAGCGCCCCAACCAGGGUCCCCCAACUACUGCAAGCCAGAUGCCUUGGCAAUGGCUACUGCAUCACCACAAAGGAUCUUGGGAAAUGUCCUAGGUGGAGUGAUGGGGUCUGGAGGCAUAGGGGGUGACUGCCCUCUCGCCCAAGAAGAAAUUAUAGAGAUCAACAGAGACUCCAAGCAGAACGGUGAUGCAGCCUCGGCCGCCUUGGCUAACGAGGACUGCCCCACCAUCGACCAGGUGCUGAGCCCAGACGAGAGGAGCCCUAUUGGGCGAGGGCCUACCCGGGAACGCUACCAGCAGGACCGCGCCUGCUUCCUGCUCAACACCAGGGAAUUCCGAGCCACAGAUGGGAAUGUGCGGAAAGAGGCAGCAGCCCUGGCACCCAGCCCAGACUCCCCUCUGACUGAGGAUUGGUAUAAGAUGGAAGGGUCUCUGUUACAGCAGGACCUCAAUGCAAACUCCACCUCAUCCUGGAUCAAACCAUAGACCAGAGGCCGCCACUGCAGUGCAAGUGUAACUAAAGUCUGACUAUAGUGUUAAGUUUCUAGCAUUCGCCUUCUCUCUAAUGAGGAGUCAGUAACCGGUAAACACAAAAUUGCGGCAGGAGCCACAUAAGCGACAAGUGUGACAUGGAUGGACAGUUUAAAGGAGAUCUUUGGGGUGACAAGAGAGAGACCAGAGGUUAAUCAUGAAUUUAAAAAAAAAAUCACAUGGUCAGCUCCUCACGUUGUUACCAAAGCAGCCUCUCGGAACUCCGACCACAUUUUUGACAACUGUCUGACUGACAGACCUAUUUUUUUCCCUUUUUUUUCGGCAAACUGACUGAGCAUUGCACUGACACACUUUGGGAGAGAAAAGGACUCCUGAUUACACAUUCCAGAUGACAUCACUCCGACAACAUCAUACUCGCCAUCUUGUACGAUGACCAACUCAGUACCAUCUACAGUGCUGAACAACUGAGCAUCUUCACAAGUUUCCGAAAAACACUUGUCUUCACAAAGGACUGAAUGAACAAUGUAGCAUCUCUGCUAACAUAUUGUAGCAUUUGUUGGCUGGGAAAUAACUUGACUUAAAUCCAUCAAUGGUUCGAAGAGAGAGGAAUUUAUGCAUUCAAAUGAUCUUUUAGAUGUCAUUUUCCUCUUGGGUUCCUUUUCAGUGAAGAAAAAAAAAAUAUUGAGUACAUGAGAGACAAAGGAUUCGUCUUACUCAUUAAAACACUUGACAUUCCAAAAAAAAAAAAAAAGAUGCACUGAAUACAAACAGUGAAAUCACAAAUGCACAGUAUUUAACAAGACCCAUAUUAAAGUCCCUCAUUCAAGUUUAGCACUUGUAUAGCAGUCAUGUUUGCCACUGAACCUAUGUCUUCCAUUCACUUUUAUCAGACUGAAACACUGCCCUCCCCACAAGUAAUGAGAUAAUCAAAAGCAGAUGUUGAACAAAUGAAGCACAUGUAGCAUCAGCUCCAACAGGUCAUGUACAGCUUCCACUGUACAUUUAGACUCACCUGAAAUAUUCACCAAGAGAAAAUGGUGGAAAAAAGACUUUUCUUUAUCUCUCAUGUACUUACAUGUGGGAUACCAAAGGUCCUGUAGCAUGCACUUGCUGGAUGACCUUAUGUAAUGUAUUGUAGAUUAGGAGAAAUAUUCCAUUUGGGGUGAAGAACUCGCCCUAAUACUUGCCAUUUUCUCUGUAUGGUACAAAGUCAUUCCUCUAAAAGAACUGAAUACUCGCUCCUUUAACUGCCACUAGCAUCCCCUCCCCUUAUGCACAUUUAAAUAUUACAAGUAUUUUUCCCAUUUCUGGCUGACACAAUGCUCCGUCAUGGGGAGAAAACAGACUCAAGGAGACCGUCCUAGAGACAGCUGUCAGUCUUUCGUCAAUAACGAGGAAUAUUGGCCUACCUAAAUUACAAAGAAAAGGACAACCCUGCCACAAGGACACUUUUUACAUCACAUUAAACUGUCCAUUAGCUGUAAAUUCUAUGUUAUCAUUUUUGAAAGGGACCAAUCAGAUAAACGUUCCCCGAACACAAAGGCCUACACUGCCAAUAAGGCACAAGAAUCCCCAGAUGCGUACUGCCCCAUCUCUAUCUUGUACCUCUUGCUGCCAACGACUGCUUCACUGGUAAGUCGAUGUCAAGAUAAGGAUGGCCCAUCAGGGGAGCCCUUAGGCAAAGGGGAAAAUGAAAAGAAAUGGACCAAGAGUAAAGCAAGUGGAAGUGUACAAAGAGAACAAAUCUAUAUUUUGAUAAACAAAUCAACUAUCCAUGGCUUCGGAGGCAGAUUCUGAGCAGAAAAACGGUCCAGAAUGGAAGGAAGGAGAAAAAAAAAAAAAUCAGAUGCAAAUGUGAAUAGAAAAUUUGGCAUCAUGAAAUGGAGUCAAAGUCCUGGGAAAAGAAGGGAAGCGAUUAUUUUGUGGGUGGGGGGUGAAGAGAAGUUGUUUUCCCCACAAGCACUGGAAAAAAUGUUUUUUUGAAAGACAAUGAGAAACGACAGACUCUUGCUUAUAAAGACACGGGGAUGACAAAGGACGGACGCUGAGAUAAACAAAUGAGAAAAAAAAAAGAUAAUGCAUUUUUGUAACUUUGUUUACCAGCAUGACUACUUUGCAUGACUGUCUUUUCUGCAAGCCCUUAGUUGAAGACAAGGGUGCUAGAGAUACAAAAAAGUAUAUAUAAAAUGAAUUAAAAAAAUGUUAUAUGCAAUUAAUGUUUUAAAAAAGAUUAUAAUGAAAGAGAAGAGCUAUAUUUUGUUUUGACAAGUAAAAAAAAAAAAAAAUGUGAAUAUUGAAACAUGUAUGUUCGCAAAGUACACCCUGAACUAUGUUUUGUUUGAUGAAAUCUCUCUGCUACUACUGCCCUACAUUCCUCAUUCCAGGGUUUUCAACCGCUGCCAUAGAUUUUACUUUGUAAUGCAUUAAGCAGUAUAUUUCCUAACCAUCCUAUCAACAGCGAUCAUUCAAGACUUUGCCAAACUAUAGCAUUUGUGUGAAGGAUGUGUGUUGUUAAUCACAAAGUCCAUGUUUUCCUCCUUGAAUCAUUUGCACAACUACCGUAGCAGCAGCAGCAGCAGCAGCAACAGCAGCAAUUGUAAAACAACAGCUCUCCAUACUUUGACUGCUUGAUUAAAUACUCAUAGUUUGCUUUUUUUCUUUGGCAAUAAUACAAGAGUUGUCACAUGAUUGUAGCAGGGCAAACGGAGAACCUCGGGAGUAUCUUCAACGCCUCAGUGUUAAAGAGAUUUGUAAAGGCCUUGGAUGUCCCAUGGCAGGAUUUUGCUGGGAUAGGCAGUUCUGUUCCACUAGUCCUAAAGAGAAAAAUGGGAGCACAAGCGCAGGAUAUCAAAAAAAAAAAAAAAAAGAUCAAUAAAAGAUAUGAGAGAUACUAUAUUGGCGAACAGUCAAGAGAGAUUUCAGGUUUGCAUGGAACCAACUGCCAUUCCAAAGUUUGUAUGUGGUUUAAAGGACUCAGGUGUGUUGAUGGUGUGUGUGGAUGUAGGUGUUUUGCUAUUUUCUUUCUAACAUAAUAAAUUCUAGUAUAUAGACAACGAUAAUGUGAACACCUCACAGUGAUGUGUAAAAAACGCAUGCAUUAUGACUUGAUAAUCUCUCGAGGGGGGAACAGAGCCUUGACAUAUCCCCUUAGCCUCCUGUCAUUGUUUGUCAUGAAUCCAGUCCUGAUAACUAUGAACACUGUGCCGUGUCGUAGAGCAGAAACGUCUUCCUCCGAGAGGCAACUGACAACUACUCACACUCACGGUGUCAGCAUGAGUGUGUAGCGGUAGCUCGUCUUUUGUUUUUUUUUGUUGGGUUUUUUUUUUUUUUUUUUAGAUGGUCAGGUCUUGCAUCCGUCGUUGUCCAUGGAGUUACCGUCAUCCAGCUGGCUUGUUGGCAGCUCAUUACAGCACACAACGCAGUCAUGUAAGCACCAAUCAAAGAGACCCAGAGCUUCCAAAAUGAUGUCAGUGAAGUACUUUUAAGUGUUGUGAGAAAGAGAGGAUGAGAGAUACCAGUGUCCACCGAGGGGAGAUUGAUCUUAAAAAAAAAAGUCUUGAUAAAAAUUUUUAAAAAAGGCAUCUCAUUGUUGAGUGCACUUCAAGCACCUCAUCUUUGGUUUGGUAAUCCAAGUGAGUUUCAGGCCCUGCUGGUCCAGGGCUCAGCUCAGGCAGCUGAAUGGUCUUCUGUCCAUUCCUAGUACAUUGCAGUUGGAGGCUCACCAGUAUAUGAGACUCAGUGGUGUGAUGUAGACUACAGAGACUAUUCAAGAAUUCUGUCGAGUCUACACUGGUUUUACAGGGUCUAGAACUUUUGUCUAUUUGCAAAAAUGGUCUGUGGGAUUUUGUUUUGGUCCCUUAUCUUUUUGAAACUCCGAUUUCAGUUCCCAUUUUGGAAGGCAUUCAGCAACUAUGGCUUCGAUGGUCACAAAGAUGUUUAUGAAUAUUUCAGAGGUAAACUUCUAGCAAUGGUGCGCACACUUGCAAAAACCCCCUGUGCUUCACCCAGCUGCGUGUGUUUUUAAGGCCAAGUACUUUUUUUUUUUUUAAAUUUCUUUCCUUGUCGUUCACUGUUGAGUUUGCCAUUUCUCCAUUCUCUACAUUGUGACUGCUCUGCCAAUGCCAGGCUAAAAAAAAGAUGUCUUUCCUUUUCUAUUGCAUAAUACUGCCAUUUGAUUUAGUCAUGUUGAACAGAAUGAGUUACAAUGUUGAGAGUGCUAAGUCUGUUUUAUUUUUCUUGCAAUCUGUUAUAAAUUUGUUCAGGAUUUCCUGUGUAACAUUCACAUAACCAAAAGAACAAAAUGCUUUACAUAGUAAGUAGGUGCCACUGUUAACCGGAAGGCUACUAUGUGUAGUGAUAAUAUUAUGACAUGUCCUCUCCAGGUGUACGGGAGGUGUUAUGUCGUCCUUGGGUGACACAUACUCAAUGACAUCCUAUUCAUUUUCUCUUUAUGUGCCUGUUUCUGUUUAAUAUGUUUUUUUGUUUGUUCAGCUGAGGACACUGUAUGCAAUCUGCACCACGAAUGCCACUGAUCGACACUUACUGUAUGCUCCCUGAGACACAGAUGUUCUGUCAUCAGUCCAGAUGAUUGCAACCACAUGUGUAGUGGCUUUAUGGCUUUCCAUAGAGUGACUUAGCAAUCACACUAUCUAAAAAAUAUAUAUAUUUCAUUUUACUAAAUGAUGAGACCAGAGUUGUUUUAGAGGAAAUGUUAUCAUACUAAAUUGAUUUUUCUAAUAUACAAUAUUAUUUUGAUCAGAAAUAAUGUGAUUAACACCACAAAAGUUAUACAUCUUAUAUUACAGACUAACACCAUGCAUUAACAUAAGAUUUCCAAAGAUAAAAGAUCUAUGUUCAUUCCACAUGCCACCAAAUAGUAUAAAACAGACUUAGGUACUAGUCCAUUGUACUGCGGUCUUAGUAGGAGAGUGAAUGGGGAGAAGAGGUGGUCACUGGAGUAUCUGGUUGUGACUUAUGCCGGAUUUUAUUUUUGAAAUGUUGGAACACAAAGAACAACUCAUCAAGAACUGUAUAAAGUAUAUUUCAAUGGAAUGUUCAUGAUCUAUCUUUUUAUAUUUUGAAGAAAAAAUAGAAACAUAUCAAUAAAGUGUCAUAAUUGAACAUAUUUCUACUAUUGAGACUUAAAAUGUAUGAAUGUCAAUGCGAUCUAAUGUGAACCGAUCUCCAUAGCAGCUUGAAUGAAUAACUGAUUAACAGUCAUGAGAUGCUUUUUCAGAGACAUAAAAAUUGCUUAAAAAUCAUUGAAAUGAAGUUAAAAUAAAUGAAAA